CACGCUUCCUCCUCUAUCGCUCACAAAUUUACAAUCUUUACACAGCCGAAGGCGCAGAACCAAACUACACCUCAAGAAUGGCGGAAGGGCUCGUUCUCCGGGGAACGAUGAGGGCUCACACGGAUAUGGUCACGGCCAUAGCCACUCCGGUUGACAAUUCCGAUAUGAUCGUCACCUCUUCCCGUGACAAAUCCAUCAUCUUGUGGCGUCUCACUAAGGAGGAGAAGACCUACGGUGUUCCUCAGCGUAGGCUCAAUGGCCACUCCCACUUCGUUCAGGAUGUUGUUCUCUCUUCCGACGGUCAGUUCGCUCUCUCUGGUUCCUGGGACGGAGAGCUCCGCCUUUGGGACCUCGCCACGGGCGUUACCUCCCGUCGAUUUGUUGGUCAUUCGAAGGAUGUUCUCUCUGUUGCCUUCUCCAUUGACAAUCGUCAGAUCGUCUCGGCCUCUCGUGACCGAACGAUCAAGCUGUGGAAUACACUCGGUGAGUGCAAGUACACAAUCCAGGAUGGUGACGCACACAGUGACUGGGUUAGCUGUGUUAGAUUCAGCCCUAACACUCUCUUGCCGACGAUUGUUUCGGCGUCUUGGGACAAGACCGUGAAGGUUUGGAAUUUGACUAAUUGCAAGUUGAGAGUGACUCUUGCUGGUCAUGCUGGUUAUGUCAACACGGUGGCUGUCUCUCCUGAUGGGUCGCUUUGCGCCAGUGGAGGCAAAGACGGAGUGAUUUUGCUGUGGGAUUUGGCCGAGGGUAAGAAGCUCUAUUCAUUGGAUGCCGGAUCGAUUAUUCAUGCUCUUUGUUUCAGCCCCAACAGGUACUGGCUCUGUGCUGCGACUGAGAGCAGUAUUAAGAUCUGGGACUUGGAGAGCAAGAGCAUCGUGGAGGACUUGAAAGUCGAUUUAAAAACCGAGGCGGAGAAAACUGAUGACACCCAUGCUGCAACCGCCAACAAGAUUAAGGUUAUCUACUGCACAAGUUUGAGCUGGAGUGCAGAUGGGAGCACAUUGUUUAGUGGCUAUACAGACGGAGUGAUCAGAGUUUGGGGCAUUGGUCGCUACUAGAAAUAUCGAUUAUAUUAUUUCCAGACGCUCUUUUUUUGCUUCUAUUCUGAGAAAAACUUGUCAGACCUUGAUUACAAGUACUGGUCUUUAGAAUUUUCUUUAGAGUUUUGCUGGCAGAAUCAUUUGGUUUUUAAUUUAAUGUUGAAGAUGACUUUGAGUUGAGGUCAACAAUGUUUUUUCUUUGAGAUAUGCGAAACCCAGUUAACAGUUCUUUUUUUCUUUCAA